GGGGCGCAGUCGCCCGGGCGGCGGGCGGCUGAACGCACCGGGCCAGGGGCCGGAGAGGUACCCGCCAACGCCAUGGACCUGAUAUCAGCGCUGAGCCUGGGAGAGCUCGCGCUCAGCUUCUCACGGGUGCCGCUCUUCCCGGUCUUCGACCUUAGUUACUUCAUCGUCUCCAUCAUUUACCUGAAGUAUGAGCCAGGAGCAGUGGAGCUGUCCCGGCGCCACCCAGUGGCCUCCUGGCUGUGCGCCAUGCUGCACUGUUUUGGGAGUUACAUCCUGGCUGACUUGCUCCUUGGGGAGCCCAUCAUUGACUACUUCAGCAACAGCUCCAGCAUCCUGCUGGCCUCUGCAGUGUGGUACUUGAUUUUCUUCUGUCCCUUGGACCUCUUCUACAAGUGUGUCUGCUUCCUGCCUGUGAAACUCAUCUUCGUGGCCAUGAAGGAGGUGGUGAGGGUUCGGAAGAUUGCCGUGGGCAUCCACCAUGCGCACCACCACUACCACCACGGGUGGUUCAUCAUGAUCGCCACUGGCUGGGUCAAAGGCUCUGGUGUUGCCCUCCUGUCCAACCUGGAGCAGCUGCUUCGAGGAGUUUGGAAACCGGAGACCAAUGAAAUCCUUCACAUGUCCUUCCCCACCAAAGCCAGCCUGUAUGGAGCCAUUCUGUUCACCCUGCAGCAAACGCGCUGGCUCCCCGUGUCCAAGGCCAGCCUCAUCUUCGUCUUCACCAUGUUCAUGGUGUCAUGUAAGGAGCUGAAAUGCGGAGGCAGGAAGAGUCCUCAGCCCUUGGCAGCACACCUCAGACAUGGGAGCCAGGUUGGGUUUGUGCUUUAUGGAGCUGGAGCCUUUCCCUGUUCCAGCCUUUUCAUUUGCCUAGGAGUUCACCUAGGAUGGCAGAACCUGUGUAUAAACCGUGGUGGCCCUGGCCUCAGCUGGACUCAGAGCAGCUGAGGAGAUUACAGCGGAGCCACCUGCUGCCCUCCACCCCAAGGAGCAGGGAUCUCAUACUCUGACUGGACAGAUGGGAUGGAAAUAAAGAGCCUCCCAACCUAUUUUGGGAAGGAGGCGUGAUAGCCUCUGGCUGGCUUGUGGUCAGGGAUCCUUGCCAGGACUCUGACAGCCGGAUCUUAAGUUCAGGUUAAUUAUAGUAGGAUUCAAGCUUGGUAGAAUCUGUUGUCUGAUAUCAAGAACAGGGUUCUGUAUGCUAUUUAAAAAUUCUACUUAAUAGCCCUGGAGGAAUAUCUUAAUGGUGAAGUCCCUGUCUAGAAUCUCCCAAUGAAGGACUGGGGUGUGGCUCAAGGGUGGAGCCCCUACAUGGAAUCCCCCAGUGAGGGGCUGGAUGUAUGGCUCAGGGGUGGAGCCCCUGCCUAGGAUCCCCAGUGAGGGGCUGGGACAGGGCUCAGAGUAGAGCCCUUGUCUAGCAUACACAAGGCCCUGGACUCCAUCUACACCACCAUACACACACUAAAAGAUAUAAAAUAUACGUUUAUACUGUGCAGCACAGUGACAAACUGAUUUGUUGGUUUUGUUUGUUGUUUGUUUUGAAACAGGUUUUCUCUGUGUAGCUCUGCUUGUCCUGGAACUCACUCUGUAGACCAGGCUAGCCCUGAGCUCACUAAAAUCCACCUGCCGCUGCCUCCCAAGUACUGGGAUUAAAGGUGUGCACCACCAUGCUCAGCCUCCGGUUUUUAUUUUUUAAGCAGUGCCUCACUGUAUGUCCCUGGCUAGCCUGGAACUCUGUGUAGACUAGGCUGGCCCCGUGUGUAGGUCCUACACUCAUGUCCAGUCCUCACAGUCUCCGGAACUCUUCCCUUUAAAGCGUGGGAUGGAAUCCCGAACCCUGCACAUGCUCAGCUAGUGUCCUGCUGCAGAGCCCCUCCCUCUCACAUUCUCUGCCUCUACACCCUUUCUACUUCCCUCUUUGGCGGCUCUAGCAAUAUCAUCGGAGCCUAUAGUAUUCCCCACCACCACCACCAUCCUCUUUCACUUCGCAGAAUGUCCUCCAAGUUCAUCUGAUUUUUAUUUUAAGAUGGGCCUCAUUGUAGCCCUGCCACUGCCUCUAAGGGCUGGUACUGUAGGUGUGCACUCCGUUUCUCUUUAAAGACGAGCAAGGAACACCAGAGGACUUAGCUGGGCACUAGCCCAGCACAUGCUGGCCCCUCUCACGGUCUCCUGGCCUCCUUCCAGCAGCCACCGUAUGCGUGGGCAGACCGCAUUUACAGUGGGAUUUCUCUGCUGGCAUCUGCCUGGGGCAGCUGGGGAAAGUCCCAGCUCAAUUAGCAAAGGAAACCAACAUCUAAUUGAGCUGGUAGACGACAGCAGAGAGGUCAGAGGUCAAACAUAGGAUCCUGGCAGGUGUCAUCGUUUUACUCAGAACUGGUUGAGAACUGGGUGGUGAACUCUUAGGCAAAUGGAAAUGCUGAAUCAAGGAAAGGCUCCCGUGCCUAGGGUAUUGCCUGCCAAGCUUAAGGGCCACUGAGCAUUGAUACCCCCCAGAUACCAUCCCAGCACAGACUCAGCGUGUACGUGGAGCCCAGGUUCUUUCUUCGCCUUCUUAACAAACACGGCUUCUCACUGUGUCUUUAAAUAAAGUUGUAUCGGUGUGUAUGA